AUGAAAUAUGAAUUAGAUAAAUCAUUACGUUAUUUUCCAAAUAUUGAUACAUUAACUGUACGAUUUGAACAAAGUAUUUCAAGUGCUUUAUUUGGAUUAUAUAUUAACAAAAUAAUUAAUCUUAGUUAUAUUAAACAUUUAGCAUUAAAUGAAAAAUUUCAUAAUAUGUCAACAUUAUAUGAACUUGUUUUACGUCUUCCAAAUAUGACUAAAUUAACAAUAACUAGUAAUCAUCGUAUAUUAAUCAAACAAAUAUUUCAACGAAAAAAUGAACGUUUAUUAUCAUUAUUAAGUCGUCGUCUUCUUCAUUUUAAUUUAUUAUAUGAUGGUGUUAUAUCUUAUGAAAUAAUUCAAUCAGUACAAUUUAAUUUUCCUAACUUGAAAUCUUUUUCCGCUUGUUUACCACAUUUUGAAGAUUUUCGUGAUGCAAUUCCAUCAUUUAUACGUCAUAUGAAAUCUCUUCAAUAUCUUCAUAUUGGUUUAGAAGGUGAUAAUGAUAAGAAAAAUUUUCUUACACAAGAUAUGUAUGAUUGGUUUCGACGACAUCAGAUUUUUCAAGAAUUCAAAUUAUCUGUUGAUACAUAUACAAAUUCAAUUCAUAUAUGGUUAUAA